GUGAAGUAGAAAUAAAAACCACUGUCUCUCUUAGAGACUGCACGCUUCCAUCUACCAGAUGUUUUUGGCUCCUCCCAGACAGCUUAGUAAAACAUUCCAGCCCACCUCUGGGAAUCUGCUGGCUCCUCCACACUCUCUCACUGAGCUCCAGUCCAAAUUUUACAGGAGCUGAAAAGACCAAGCUGACACAAAAUGAGAGGACUUGUUGUAUUGGUUACUUUGGCCUGCUUUGCCACCGCUCAGCACCAAGCACUGAUUGACUACUUGGAGCGGAGGCUGCUUGCUAUUGAGGACCGGAUCUCUCUGUGGCACGAACAGACCACCCGCUAUGCCUCAGAGCUGCGGGAGCUGAAGCAACAGAUGGUUUCCCAGCUGGAGAACCUGGAUAAAGAGAAAGAGAUACUGAGAACGAAUCUGGACGGUGUGGGGACCCGAGUGGACCGGGUUGAGCGUGAGCUGGACUACUUGGAGACUCAGAACGGAGCUCAGCCGUGUGUGGACGUGGACGACAAGCUGAUAGAGCAGCAGGUGACGUUGGUGCAGGAGAAACAGAAGGCCAAAUAUUCAAAACUAUCAGACUGCAGCGACAUGAUCUCCAGCGUAAAAGCCAUGAAGAUCUUGAAGCGAGUUGGAGGGCCAAAGGGCAUGUGGACCAAAGACACCAGCAGGGUCUCUGCGAAGGUCUACAUAUUUAACGGUACAGAUGAAGACACUAUCCACGAGUUUGCGACUGUGCAAGACUUCACCCGCUCUCUGGGUAUGUCUUUGUCCAAGACCCUGAGGCUGCCGUCUUCCUGGAGGGGAACAGGCCAUGUGGUCUACAACAAUCACGCGUAUUACAUAAAUCAGGCUGACGACAUAAUGGUUGUUAAAUAUGACAUGAAGAACAGCUCUGUGACAGACAGCGCAGUGUUCCCAGUGCAGGACCACGUUCCAGUGUACGGCCUGACCCCUGAGACGCUGAUGGACCUGGCUGUGGACGAGGAAGGCCUGUGGGCCAUUUAUGCCACACGGCAGAAUGAGAGGCACAUCUCUCUGGCUAAAAUGGACGCCAACUCGCUGGACAUCGAGCAAAUGUGGGACACAAACUGUCCGAGAGAGAACGCAGAGGCGGCUUUCGUCAUCUGCGGGACUCUGUAUGUGGUGUACAACACCAAGCAGCCCGGUCGAUCUCGUGUCCAGUGUGUGUACGAUGUCAACGGUAUGGUGACCAACGAAGAAGCACCACUGAUUUACUUUCCAAAGCGUUACGGAGCCCACUCCAGUCUGAAGUACAACCCUCAGGAGCAGCUGCUGUACGCCUGGGAUGAUGGCUACCAGAUCCUGUACAAGCUUGUCAUGAAAAAGAAACUAGAAAUUUGAGUUAAUUAAUGCACCUCACCAUCCUCCCAAUACUUCCACAAACACACCCAAACCCCCUUAAAGUACAAUCACAGUGUUUUUAGUUAUAUUAUUGCUGAUCAUUUUUAAUGCAUGCUGCAGAGGUUGGACCGAGUUAUUGUUUUACAAAUCAUGUGAAAGUCUCAAGUCAAGACAGCCAGUCAAGUUCCAAGUCCUAAACAGGUCAUAAUGCGCUCUUCGCCAAACGUACAAACAAGGCAACAUUAGUUCUUCAUGGUUCUUUCCUACAGCUUGAUUGGAUGCUGUCCGUUUAGUUCAAACUAAGUGGAUCCGGGAAAUUUAGUGUCGACUUGCUGGAAAUGAAUUGUGUUACCGUUAGCUGAUUCAGGACAUGAAUUGAUUUGUGGCACACUUUUUAAUCAUUGGGCUUUGGGGAAGGUAUUAAAUAUUUUAAAGUCAAAGUUUCAAGCAUUUUUCCCUGUUUCAUUAUUGUGACUUAUAACAGUUUAAGUCUAGACUAGGAAAAAUACACUAAACAUUGCAAACACACAACAUGGCAUGUAAAAUAGUGAUCAGUCAAGUAUUGAUCAUUUGUAAAAUGCAGUAUCACUGGUACAGGCUUUAAGUCUGAAUAUCCAAACGCUUAAAAAGGUGCAAAAGUGCUGGACUGUAGAACUGUAUCUGUAUACUCUCUAUGUCUCUCUCACUCUCAGAUGUGACGUAUUUCCAAAUUGUGUUACGUGAUUUCUUUAUCUGAAGCACAGUUUCUUGUUGCUGCCAAACUCUUUUUUCUAAUCAGACGUCGAUUUACUGUACUGACCUGUGAUCUCUUGUGCUGUUUGUUUAAGUUUCUAAAGAUGUACCUUGUAAUUUAGGGUCAUGGUGGUGAAUCAGCCAAGCACUUGUUUAUUACAAAUAGAGGACAUAUCAUCACUUUUCAUACUUUACAUGUCAUUUAGUUGUCUGAAUACAUAAAUCUUGGUAGCAUCCAUUGAAAGCACUCAUUAUUUGUUGUUUAAUUGUGCACACUGCCAGGAAAAGCCCUUGAGUUUGAGAAGCAUUGUUUUUAUAGGGAAUCAAAGACAAAGGUAAGCGUAUGUGUUGCAUCUAUAAUAAUUAAAUCUAAUUACAGGCUUUAGUGUUGCUGAACUAGUCGGUAUUUAACAUUUAUUAUGUUCAGAAGAUAGAAUUAAAAGUUUCAUUUUGCAGCUUUGUUAAUUAAUCAGUCUAUCUAUGGUGCAGACUGAUGAAAGAAACGGCCAUAAUCAAUAUAUCUAUGGUGUUGUCACUUAUAGUGCAACCACAACAAUGUUGUCACUAUGGCAACCUCAGAGCCUCAAUAAAUAUAACACGGAUAUUAGGGAUACGUGAGUGGAAAAAGCUAGCUGGCUAGUACUGUUAUAUUUCUCUUUCUAUGCAUUAUGGGUACUUUUUCCCACAAGUUGAGCACAUGUGUUUUUACUAAAUGAAAUCACCAAAUGUAACAAAGAGCACCACUAUUGGAAUUACGCCUCUCAUAUAAUGCAAUUGUUCAUUAAUUUAUAUCUGAAUAUAACAUAUCUAUUUCUUACUGUUUGCUUCUUCGUUUUCCCACAAUCAUUUAUUCUUAUGUUUGCCUCUAAUUAUUGUUCCUUUUGAAAAUAAACAUCUGUUAACACAAGGAGUCUUUUUCUAUGCACAGAUACAAACAUUAGAGCCAUGUGUGAGAUUUAAACAUUUCAGACUUUGGCAUGCCUCAGUGUUAACAUAAAAAAAGACAAACAGCACUGCAUGCCGUUACUUUUUCUCUGUGAGUCUGAUUUUCUAUGCAGACUUUGUGUUACUCUACAUCUCUUGUUUCUUUAAGGUGAACUGUAUUGACUGACAUAACUUCUAAAUAUGGCCUGACUAAUAAAAACUCAUGUAUUUGUA